AGGUUUCUAACUCAGAAGUACAUAGAAAAUACACAAUCAAAAAGAGAGAGAAAAAAAAAAACAAGAAAAUAUCAAAGAAAUGGCUGAGGAUGGUAAUCAGGUAUCCAAACACCAAGAGGUUGGCCACAAGAGCCUUUUGCAAAGUGAUGCUCUUUACCAGUAUAUACUUGAGACCAGUGUAUACCCAAGAGAGCCAGAAUCCAUGAAAGAGCUCAGGGAGGUGACUGCUAAGCAUCCAUGGAAUCUAAUGACAACAUCAGCAGAUGAAGGGCAGUUCUUGAACAUGUUGUUGAAGUUGAUCAAUGCCAAAAACACCAUGGAGAUCGGAGUUUACACUGGCUACUCCCUCCUUGCUACUGCCCUUGCUAUUCCUGAUGAUGGAAAGAUAUUGGCAAUGGACAUUAACAGGGAAAAUUACGAAAUAGGCCUGCCCAUAAUUGAAAAGGCCGGUGUAUCUCACAAGAUUGAUUUUAGAGAAGGGCCUGCUUUGCCUGUUCUUGAUCAAUUGGUUGAAAAUGAAAAGAAUCAUGGCACAUAUGAUUUCAUAUUUGUGGAUGCUGACAAGGACAAUUACAUCAACUAUCAUAAAAGGAUUAUAGAUUUAGUGAAGGUUGGUGGUUUGAUUGGGUAUGACAACACCCUAUGGAAUGGUUCUGUGGCUGCACCAGCUGAUGCACCAAUGAGAAAAUAUGUAAGGUAUUAUAGAGACUUUGUAUUGGAACUUAACAAAGCCUUAGCCGUUGAUCCAAGGAUUGAGAUUUGUAUGCUUCCUGUUGGUGAUGGUAUUACCCUGUGCCGCCGUAUCAGCUGAUCAUUCUAAUAUUCUUAUGGUUCUUUUUAUUUUUAAAGCUUAUUCAACUACCUUUUCCUAUUAACCAAAAAAAUGUAUGUUUGUUAUUUCUUUUUUGGUUAUUAUGCUAGGGAGAGGGUUCCCCUUAUUUGUAAUGAAUGAUAAAAAACUGCAUCUUAAUGUACUUCUUAUAAUUAAAAGUAAUAUUGAGCAUUACAUUUUAUUUUA